UCCCAAAACCUAAAGUAAACGGCAUCAGUGAGACGAGCUCGAGCAGGGGCGGUUGGCAGAACUGAAGAACAGAUAUCGAUCGAUCUCAUUCAUCCAUCUGGCGUCGAUUGCAGUGUCAUGGCCGGCAUUGGUGGAAGUGAGCACAAGGAGCCGAUCAAUGAGCAAGAAGUUGCUGCAAAAUACGGCAGCAUAAGGAGCGAAAUGAAUCAAAUUUACUCCAAAAUUACMGAACUAGARAUGGAARUAAGCGAACAYUCGUURGUGRUCAAUGCCAUMCARCCMCUYGAUCCWGCAAGGCGUUGCUACAGAAUGAUYGGAGGYGURCUSGUGGARAGAACSAUCAAGGAAGUGUUACCRGCYGUUCAACAAAAYAAGGAAGGAAUCGAAGUGGUGAUUUCUCGACUUAAUGAAGCUUUGGAGAGGAAGAAGAAGGAGCUGACAGAUUUUGAAUCGAAGUACAAGAUCCGGAUUAGAAAAAAUGAUGGGGAAUCCGUGGAUGAUAAUAGCAAGAAAGAAGGAUCCGCACAAGGAGUUCUUGUUGGUCCUGCAAUUGCUUAAUCGAUUCAGAUAGUUUUGUGCUCCCUAAUCUUCUUUCGUUCAUGUUAUCGUAUUGCAUUCUCAUAAACCAUGAACAUGAGAUGAUCCAAAGAUUUGUAAUAUUAGAUCACUGGUAGUUGCUGUUUUCGGUUGUGCUAUUUUCUUUUUCUUUUGACAGACAGACAGGAAAAUCCCCAGUGACUGUAAAAAGAUUCAGACUGGCGAUAUAUGACGAGGAUUCAGAAGAUCUAGCCUUUAUCUAUCAGUUGAGUCGACCGUCAAGAUUUUGCAAAUGGGUAAAAGGAUUUGAACU